UCGGGCGAAGCACCCGCAGGUCGGGGCUGGGCAGGCAGGACCCAAACCCGGUUCUCUGGGCCCGGGCCCCGCAGCCACACCGAGCGCGCACUCACACUCCGUCUCUGCGCGCGCUGGCGGUGGGCGCGAUGGUCGCGGCGCUGCUCCCCAGCCUGCUGGAAGCCAACUGCAGCCUGGCGCUGGACGGAGAGCUGUUCCCGGACGGCUGGGCGCUGGCCCUGGACCCCGAGGGUCCCCACUCCUACUGCAACGCGACCUUGGACCUGAUCGGGACGUGCUGGCCCCGCAGCGCCGCCGGAGCCCUGGUGGAGAGGCCGUGCCCCGAGCACUUCAAUGGCAUCAAGUACAACACCACGCGAAAUGUCUACCGAGAGUGCCUGGAGAAUGGGACCUGGGCCUCACGGCUCAACUACUCGCAGUGUGUGCCCAUUUUGGACGACAAGCAGUGGAAGUAUGAACUACACUACUACAUCGCCCACAUGGUCAACUACCUGGGCCACUGCGUUUCCAUGGCAACCCUUAUGGCCUCUUUCCUGCUUUUCCUGGCCCUGCGGAGCAUUCGCUGUCUUCGGAAUGUGAUUCACUGGAACCUGAUCGGCACCUUUAUCCUGCGGAAUGCCAUGUGGUUCCUGCUGCAGCUCAUUGACCCCGAAGUCCAUGAAAGCAAUGAGGUCUGGUGCCGCUGCAUGACCACCGUCUUCAACUACUUCCUGGUGACGAACUUCUUCUGGAUGUUCGUGGAGGGCUGCUACCUGCACACAGCCAUCGUCAUGACCUACUCCACCGAGCGCCUGCCCAAGUGGCUCUUCCUCUUCAUCGGAUGGUGCAUCCCUUGCCCCAUCAUCAUCGCCUGGGCCCUGGCCAAGCUCUACUAUGAGAAUAAACAGUGCUGGUUUGGGAAGGAGCCGGGCGACCUACUGGACUACAUCUACCAGGGCCCCAUCAUCCUCGUGCUCCUGAUCAACUUUGUGUUUCUGUUCAACAUCGUCAGGAUCCUAAUGACAAAACUACGAGCAUCCACCACGUCAGAGACGAUCCAGUACAGGAAGGCGGUGAAGGCCACCCUGGUGCUCCUGCCGCUUCUGGGCACCACCUACAUGCUCUUCUUGGUCAACCCUGGGCAGAAGGACGAGCUGUCGCAGAUCGUGUUCAUCUACUUCAACUCCUUCCUGCAGUCAUUCCAGGGCUUCUUCGUGUCUGUCUUCUACUGCUUCUUAAACGGAGAGGUGCGCGCAGCCAUGAAGAAGAGGUGGCACCGGUGGCGGGACCAUCACUCCCUCCGAGUCCCAGGGGCCAUGUCCAUCCCCACCUCGCCCACUCGGAUCAGCUUCCACAGCAUCAAGCAGACGGCCGCUGUAUGACCCCGCGUGUCACCCACUCGCCCGUCAUUCCCGGGUCAGUCGGAACAGCUUCCCCGUCCUCCUCCACCUCCCGUGCUUGCCCGACGCCCAGAUGGGGGCGGAGGGAGGGAGAGACCAGCUCUCCAGCCUGUGCAGCCCAGGGGCCUCCGCGGGACCAGGGGCCGGAGCGGAGCGGAGAAGUCGCAGGAACCCCAAGGAGAGCAAGACGGUGGGGCGCAGGUCCGCAGGCGUUUGUGACACCAGACUCACAGAGAUCCUCAUGGAAGCCCCGCUCACCGAUGAGGAGGCUGAGGCCCGGGGCCGGAAGGACCUGCCCAAGUCCCACAGCUCGAUCCUGUGGGCCUGGGCCCCUGCCCCCCUCGUGGUGUGGGCCUUCCUGCCAGUAGCCGGAGGCCGUUGGCCCUGCUCCCUGCCUGCCGCCUCCACACUCAGGGGCGCCCUCUGCAGUCGGGGGGAGUAAAGGAUUAGUUUGGAGGGCUUGAUCCCAGGGCCCCUCGCCUCGAAAGCCUGGUCUACACCACCCCUGCCCCCGGGCUUCCUGAAGAAGGUGGACUCCUUUCUGGGAGACCUCAGCCUCCUCCAUAGAUUCAAGGGCUUGAGGAGGGGAAGGGGGAGAGGAAGACAGGGCUAGGAGAGCCACACUUAGACCAAUAAGGUACAUAGGGCAGGACAAAACGGAGAGAAGCCGGGGGUGGGGGUGGGGGACGGGCAGGGACGAGGGGUAGAAAUAGCAGAAACUGAAGCACAUCUUUAGUGACCGGAGCUAAGUCCCCAGCCUCCACCGGAACCUCCCCUUCUGAAGCCACAUCUGCUCUCUGUAGAAUAAACCAUGUCUCUGUGGAAACAGCCCCCACAGGUGCAGGGGACCAGGCAGCCGAAGGGGUGCUGGGGCCAGGGUGCUGGGCUGGGCCCGCCCUCCUUGCCGACUGGCGCUGGCCUGGGCCGGUUCUCUCUGACCCCUGCCCCGCAGGUCUGACCCUUAUCAUUCCCCCAAGACAAUAUCUGCCCCUCCUCCCCAGCCACAGGCAGUUGAAUUCAGCACAGACAGAGGUACCGUGCAGUUCGCCUGCACACCCCGGCCUGUGCCCAGGCCCGUCCCAGAGGCCCAGAUUCUGGAAUCUGGAGGGACAGGCUGACAAGGCCUGUGGUCUCCAUGAGCAGUUUCCCCCUGGUCCUGGCUCCCCGCUGCCCUGCAGGAGGGGCCAGGAGCCCAGGGGCGGGAGGAGCCAUCGGGCCAGGGUUCAAAGGGGCUUUUGCUCUUGGUACGA